UCUUUCUCCCAUUUCCAGUAAAGACCUUUCAGUGAGCGCAUCGAUGCUCUUGAGACCAUCGGCAAACACUCCAAAGUCCUUCACAGGCUGGGUUCUCCAGGGUCUCUGAUGGUUCUGACCCACUUAGCUGGGCUCCGAGAUCAGCCCUGGGGGCUCUGGUACACGGACCUGCAUCGUCAAAGUAGAGUCACAUAUCUACCUAUCAGCUUAGAGCGGUGCUGAUUUGAGGCGUGCCUCCAUUCCUCGAACAGGUGCCCCGGGAGAAAAGAAACGAUGGCUGCCGAGCUCUCGGAGCUGGAAAAGGCCAUCGAGACGCUGGUGAAGACCUAUGACAAGUACGCCACCAGAGGCUUCUUCCGAAGGAAGCGGGGGAUCAGCAAAGGCAGCUUCCAGAAGAUGCUGAGUGAGGAACUCCACCACAUGUUGACGGACACCGAGAACAGCCAAGCGGUCGACCAGAUGAGGCAGAGCUGCGAUAAGAACCAAGACGGGCAGAUCGGCUUCGAGGAGUACUGGACCUUAAUGGGCAGAAUCGCAAACUCACUCUUGUUCAUCAUGGAAGAGCCGGAGGAGAACGCUGAGAAGUAACGAGCGAAUGGGAGCCAAGAUCUUCACUGAUACUCCCCUUCUGGACUUCCUGUUUCUCUCCGGAGAGCAGCUGCCAGUCUGAGUAGACAAUACUGUCCUCAAUCCAGUAGUGUUCAUGGGUGUUCCAAUCCAAGAACUGCACCUUUCCAGCUCCCCCUGCUGGCUGGACUGGGUCCUACAUAUACCUUCUGCUGCCAUUUUUGCAGUUCAGCCUUACCCUGAGGAGGCCAGGAAUGGGGGUAUGGCUUUUAAACAGGGUUUUUAAAAAUUUUUAAUUUUUUUAGCAGGAACACGCAGGAAUGCAGUUCCAGUUGGCUUGGUGUCAGGGGGUGUGGCCUAAUCUUAAAAUGAGUCCUUGCUGGGCUUUUUUUCUACACAAAAAGCCCUGUGCGAAACAAUGGCGGCGUCAGGGGGUGUGGCUUAAUAUGCAAAUGAGUCCCUGCUGGGCUUUUUCUACACAAAACAAUGGUGACGUCAGGAGGUGUGACCUAAUAUGCAAAAGUAGUCCUGCUUUUAGACCACCUGUCUGCCCAUCCUCUCCUUCUUCUGGAGGACACUGAGAGAUAUGGCAACUGGGCACGGUGUAGUUAUGGGGAGAUCCACCAGGGAGCACAGUAACUCUGAAAUGGCAUUAAAAUAAAAUCUAGAGUUGAA